UGGCCGAGUGCUGAUGUCACUACUUUCCAUUCGAAGUUCAUUUUUGUCCUAGUUGGAACUUGCUGGGUUUUUUUGUAUAAGAAUCUGCUGCCUCACACUGUAAAUCUCCUGAGGGCAAUCGCUCGCUUCUGUAUAAAUAAAGAGCCGUCCACGGCAGCCUUGUAAUUCAUAACAAGUGCAACAGCAGCCUCGGACUAUAUUACAGUUGUUCAAAACAGCCACCUCUCGGAGAGACCAUGCAUUUGCAAAGCCUUAAUUGCAACGUUAUUCUGAUCGCUUGUUUGCCUGACAGUGAAGUCUUCACAGAUAGUGAUUUAAAGGAUGACUUUGAGACGUUGUUCAGGGUCUACGACAAGAAUGUGACCUUCCAGUUUUUCAAGAGCUUCAGGCGAGUUCGAAUCAACUUCAGCAACCCCAUUGCUGCAACUGAAGCCCGAAUUCAACUUCAUGAAACUGAGUUUAAUGGGAAGAAAAUGAAGCUCUACUUUGCACAGAUCCAGAGCAAAUCUUUCAGUAAAGGUAGUCCUCACCUUGCACCACCCCAUCCAGAAAAACAAUUCCUCAUUUCCCCACCAGCAUCUCCGCCUGUUGGGUGGAAGCAAGCAGAAGAUGCUACUCCAGUUGUAAACUAUGACUUGUUGUAUGCAAUUUCCAAGCUGGGACCAGGGGAGAAGUACGAAUUGCACGCUGGUACUGACACCACUCCCAGUGUUGUUGUACAUGUUUGUGAAAGCGACCCGGAACUGGAGCCGGAACAAGAGGAGGACGAUGGCAAGAAUCGGCCCAAACCGAAAAUCGUUCAAACAAGACGGCCAGACUACGCUGCAAACCAUUCUAAGUGAAGUGAACUUGUCGACAUGUCCGCGUCUUUGCGUUUGGAUUCCUCAUACAGAGAACGGCCACACUACUGAGUUAUAAUGGGGAGACUGGACUGCAGUAUGACUUUUUGCAAGGAGUUUAAGUUCCCAAAAUGCAUAACUGUGUGUGUGUAUACUGGUAGGCAGAAAGAAUGUGGGAAAUUUGUACUGUUUCGAUGCUUUAGCGUUAUUUUCUGCUGUAAGCCUGCACAUUUAAACUGCAAAGGUAUUGAACUGGGGACAGCUGGAACAGCUGGAUGAGUGAGCAACAUUGAUAAAGGCACUCGUGGUGAGGUAGUGUCUGUGGUUGGCACUGACAUUUAUUUUUUAGUUCUCUUUAACGUUUUUGUGUCUUAUCAUUUCCUUGCUAUUAUACUUUGCAUAUUGUUGCAAACAUUGUAGUUAUUUGUGGUGUUUCGUGUGGCCUGGUACAAUGUUUAAAAUAGUCCUAGCAGUGCCAGCUUGUAUGGAAUUGUGACAUAUUCAACUUAAGCAGAAAACUGAAUAUAAUUGCAAACAGUGGCUGCUUCAUGGGUUAAUUCAACCACUUAUCAGGAUCAGGUGGCUUUUUAAACUUUUUAAACUCCAUCUAACUACCUACUGUAAGUAUUCUCUAAUCAAACUGCAUCACCAUGAUUGUGAAGAUAAUUGACGUGGUCUGGCUUGCACUUUAUCUUUCCGCAAACCUUCUGCGACAUAGCUACCUGUCCCGUGCACUAAAACUAACCGCAUGUUGUAAAACACACACUAUUGUAUGGAGAUUUUUUCGAAUCUAUUACUCUAGUGCGUUUGUGUCUUCUAAAUGAACUGACUCAUCAUUUGCUUCAUUGAGAUUCAAGCUUGCCCGACCGCAUUAGUCUGCCAUUUGGUGUCAGAGUUGGACUCGGAUAUUAUUUUGCCUGUUUCUUACUCUUUCCUCUGGCUGGUUCACUUGCAAGUGAAGGACUGCAGUGCUGUGAGCUGACAAAUCUGGCAAAAGCUGAUUGUUAGGGUGCUUUUUGCACUUCAUCACCCCAAAAUGAAGACUAACUCCUAGAGGUAUUUAUUAGAUGGAAUGGAACAAAAAUGAAUCCCAUGUAUCGGAAGGAACUGCAGAUCUUCUGCACCUUGUUAUGUUGGGAAUAAAUAAAUGUGUCUAUCUUCGAUUUAAACCACCAUCUGCAGUUCCUUCCUACACAGGAGUAAAUAACUGUUAAGUUCAGAAGUAGUUGAAUGACAAGCAGACAUUUUGGAUGUAAGAACCUACAUUUUGCAAAGGGGAAAAGGCACAAAUUGCUGGAGUAACUCAGCGGGUCAAGCAGCAUCUGUGGGGAACAUGGAUAUUAGGGAAGUACAGGACAGAAACUGGCCCUUUGACUCAAUGUGUAGUGAGGAGCUGCAGAUGCUGGUUUACACUGAAGACAGACACAAAAAAGCUGGAGUAACUCAGCGGGACAGGCAUCAUCUCUGGAGGAAAGGAUUUGGUGACUUUUCCGGUCAGGACCCUUCUUCGUGAAGAAUGGUCCCGACCCGAAACGUCACCAGUUCCUUACCUCCAGAGAUGCUGCCUGUCCCGCCGAGUAACUCCAGCUUUUUGUGUCUUAAAAACUAAAACUCAAACUGCUGUCUGAUAAUUGUCAUAAUUUCUGUCUGCGCCCAAAUAAUGUUGCCAUUCAAUUUUCCUUUUGAAGUGGACAUUUGGUUGUGAAUAAAAGACACAUGGCUUUAUGUUCAAACCUUAAUCAUGUAUUGAAAAGUACUAGACCACUUUGUUAACUGCAGUUAGUAAAACAUAAUCUUGGUCACAAUCUGAUUCCGUGUAACUUUGUUUCCUGGCCUGAAAUAUUGGUUUCUUGAGCUACACAGAGACUAUUUAUGUUAAUGUGACUACCUUGAGUGAGUAUGGAAAGUACCAAAUUACUGAUUUAUGAUGUCUCGUCGGAGUGUAUUCAUCCCGUGAAAUGUUAGAAUAUUUUCAGCUGUUUCUCUAGAAGUGUAAGUAAUAUCGGUAUCAUAUUAAAUUAUUAUCUCUGUCUGCUGUACAUAUUGUUCAUAUUUGUACAGAUUGGAAUAAUUGGGCAGAUGGGAUGUUUACAAAUAAAUACAUUUGCUUUAA